CCCAAGACGCGGGGGCCCGCCUCACUGACUAGGAAAAAAGGAUAAAUAUCAACGCAACCAGAUUUCUUCGAGAACACCGGCCAGACCGAAAUCAGAAUUAUAUAGUCUCUUGUAUUUAUUGGGAAUUGAGACUGCUAUCAGACAAAAAACUACUUGGUAAUCCACAGUUCACUGAUUUUAGGCUGCCAGCUUAUUAUAACUUCGCAAAUAACAAUUACCUUAAAAUGAACGGGCAGUUGAACGGUUUCCAUAACUCACUCAUUGAUGAAGAUUGCUUUUUGUUCACCUCUGAAUCAGUUGGAGAAGGACACCCAGAUAAGAUUUGUGACCAGAUCAGCGAUGCAGUGCUUGAUGCCCACCUGAAACAGGACCCAGAUGCCAAAGUGGCAUGUGAGACUGUGGCUAAGACUGGGAUGAUUCUUCUGGCUGGGGAGGUCACCUCCAGGGCUAAUGUUGAUUACCAGAAAGUCGUCAGGGACACAAUCAAGCACAUUGGCUACGAUGACUCUUCCAAGGGCUUUGACUAUAAGACCUGCAAUGUCCUGGUGGCUUUGGAGCAGCAGUCGCCCGAUAUUGCUCAGGGUGUUCACCUUGACCGCAAAGAGGAGGAUGUUGGGGCUGGAGACCAGGGACUGAUGUUUGGCUAUGCCACAGAUGAGACUGAGGAAUGCAUGCCCCUCACCAUCGUCCUCGCCCACAAGCUCAAUGCCAAGAUGGCUGAACUGCGCCGCAACGGAACCCUGCCCUGGCUGAGACCGGACUCCAAAACCCAGGUGACGGUUCAGUACCGGCAGGACCGCGGGGCCAUGCUCCCAGUGCGCGUGCAUACCGUCGUGGUGUCUGUGCAGCACGAUGAGGUCAUCUGCCUGGACGAGAUGCGCGACGCCCUGAAGGAGCAGGUGGUGAAGGCCGUGGUGCCCUCCGUCUACCUGGACGACGACACCAUCUACCACCUGCAGCCCAGCGGACGCUUUGUCAUCGGUGGCCCUCAGGGUGACGCCGGCCUGACGGGACGCAAGAUCAUCGUGGACACCUACGGAGGCUGGGGGGCCCACGGUGGGGGGGCCUUCUCAGGGAAGGACUACACUAAGGUGGACCGCUCCGCUGCCUACGCUGCCCGCUGGGUGGCCAAGUCCCUGGUGAAGGCUGAGCUGUGUAAGCGCGUACUGGUCCAGGUGUCCUAUGCCAUUGGAGUAGCGCAUCCUCUAUCAAUCUCCAUCUUCCACUAUGGGACAUCGCAGAAGAGUGAGAGGGAGCUGCUGGACAUUGUCAAGAAGAACUUUGACCUUCGCCCUGGUGUCAUUGUCAGGGAGCUUGACCUGAAGAAGCCCAUCUACCAGCGGACCGCUGCAUAUGGCCACUUUGGCCGGGAAGCCUUCCCCUGGGAGGUCCCCAAAAAGCUCAAAUACUGAGCCGCUGAUCCCUGACCUUCCCAUCCUGAGCUGUAGGUGUACUACAGAAAAACCCACACUCGCUGGGAAGGGAGGAUGUCCCCACACACCCUGUCAAACCGUCAAUCAACCCCUUUACUUACACUCCUCUCCCCCUCUGUCUGUUUCCAAUUGCUUACACACUCCUGUCUUUCCCUGGUGGUACCCCCCGACACCCGUUGUUUUUCUUGUCAAAGAAAUAAUUGAUGGCACAUUUAGGGUUGAAGAUCAGUAGGAGUUGAAAUUGGUCAUUAGGAUGUAUUUCUUGUCCCCUAAAAAAUGUUUUACAUUGAAAAUAGAGCAAAGUGUUUGGCUUCGGUCAAACAUAACCAAAACGUAAUGGAGGAAAAAGUGGUGAUAUUGCUGUAAAAUCAGUACCAUGUUUGGAUGCAUCUUUCCUUCAGACCAUGUUUUCUGACGUGUUACAGAGAAGUCAGAAGCUGCUAAUGACCUGGUUUGUUGGAGUCAUGGAGAAGGUUGGAGGAAAUCCCUGUAUAUUUCCCAUGAUUGAGUCUGCAUGGACGUCCCCAUUAAAAGGCUUUUUAGCCUUUGAUUUGUCCAACCGGUCAUCAGAAGUGAUUGUGUUGAAGUCCUAGCCAGUCUAAAUUAAAAUGAUGGGAGCCUCCAGUGGUGACUUCCAUGUCAUAACGGCCUUUUGCCGCUAAUAUCCGGAAACCUUCUCUAUGAUUGAGAUGUACCUUCUAUAUUUGUUGGUCCUUUAGCCAGGCCCCAUAAAUGUCCUUGGUAUCAGUAGGGAUGACCGUGUCUCAGGGAGUUUUAUGACAAACUAUGUUCCUGAAGUUGAAGAAGGUGCCUGGUCCUUUGUGUGUAAUCGCUGACUUCCACCGUAUGAAUCUUUUAAAAUCCCAGUUUUAGCUGUGUGUAUUUUGGUGAUUCUCACCACAUUUAAAAUCCCAAACCAUAGCUGGCCAGUUAAAUUGAAUUCUACAGACCGUCUAGUAACGCCACAAUAUGGCAGAUUAUUUAAUGUUUUUCCGUAGCUGCUGCACUGUUUGACGCAUGUCAUUUGGUAGUACAUGAAUACCUGCUCCGAUUUAACUUCAUAUGUUACCUGUUGAGUGCUGACAUUGUAAUAGGAUUAGAGUGGGCUGUGAUUACACGCAAACCUGCCAUUGCUGCCCUUUUAGCAGAGUUUUCAUCUCUAGGGACAUGAAGCAUCCCACAGAUCUGACGAUGUCACCAUGCGUGAGGCCUCCUCCCCAAUUUGUCUUACGGCUGUGGCUGUCUGCACUGAAAACGCGUCCGCACGAAUCCAAGGAAACUGACGCGAGGCAACGCGCUGAGCCCCGCCCCCGUUGUAACCUUUGUCGAAUGACUAUUUUGUGUAAAAGUCCUGUUUCGUCUCGUUCUUAUUGACCAAGGUAAAGGCAAGGUGACCACUUGGCGUGGUCGUAGAGGAACUUGGCUUCAGUCGCUCCUGGGGACCAGCUGUCUUUACCCUUUUAAGUCAGUGCUUGAAAACAAACAAGGUUAUUUUUAGUUGUGAAUACCUUUGGGGACCUUUAAUAUAGAUGCCGGCAAGUUAUGAAAUAGCGCACAAAAGAACGUUAGGCGUUUGCCUAACCUGUUGUGGUGUUUGCUUAUGUGUCACCCUGUGGUUCCUGAAGUGUUGUACAGAAAAACUUUGGGUAGCAGCCACAGGGUGGUGCUGUACUAUAGGCAUUCACCAGCGGUAUUUAUAUUUUAGCAACAAGGAUGUGAGAUCACUCCAGAAUUUUCUUUAAAAUCAACUGUAGAAGCCCAUAGAUGCAAAAGUCUGGCUGGUGUUGUACAGAGAAACCGGCCUCGUUUACAAUGUUCUCUCUAAUGGGUCUGUUUUGGAUUGUGGAUCAUUUUUAUUUUCUCUGCAUUUACUUUUUAAAUCAAUAGUGAGGCUGUCAGUCUGGUUACUGAAGGUGUAAAAGUGCCUUUUCUAAUGUUCUCCCUCCCCACCCACCCACACCUGCCUACUCCUGUUACAUCUCCAACCCUUUCCAGGAAUGCCCUGUCUCUCGAAACCACCCCUUCUCAUGGCGCAAAUGUUCCAUUACCCAAUGACUUGAAAUGCUGUCCCACUUGUGAAAUCUUUGAAUAAAGGUCUACUCUGACACUG